UGACGUAUUGACAACAACUCUGAAAAGGCGUCAGUUGUCAGUGGUAGGGCUCCUCGAUGCUCAGGUGGAUGGUCCAGCCGCGACAGCAAUAACCAGGUAGUUACUCGUUAAUAAAGUCAUUCCGGGCAGGAAUCCAAAGGGGAGCUGUGAAGGACGCCGCGGUUAUGUCACAUGAGCGGGGGCAGGAGGAGAAACACAGCCUCAUAAUAUAGAAAUAGCCGUUUUUGACAGCUAGCUAUCUGCUAACGUUAGCCUGGUCAGGUAGGGUCGACUGGGAGAGCAACCGAAAGUGUAACGCCAAGAGGCACGGAUCUAAUGGAAGUCUGUUCUUUGGCCGGAGACGUCUGAGGUCCGCACCAGAGUACUCGGGCCCGGGGGAGAGGGAUAAUACAUGUGGCGAUGUUGAGCACCGACCACGUCCAUCGGGAGAGGUUCACGUCAUGAGUAACAUGGAGCAGCAGCAGCCUGAUAAGUGACCUCGGCGGACAGAACAGCCCGACUGUGCUGGACACCAGCACCAUGGCGUCCAAGGAGAGGCUCUAUGAAGUCUGGAUGCUCUACUGCAACAAGAGAGAUCCAGACUAUUUCAAGCUCUGGCUGGAGAUUUUCAUCAGCUCCUACGAGAGGUGCCUGGAUGUUGACUUUGAAAAGCAGCCUUCAAGGCCAGAAGAGGUCCCCCCAGUGUUGACCCUCCUUCCUGACAACAUCCUGCAGGUCUUGCGCCACCAGCUGCUACAAUGUGUCCAAAAAGCCUCUGAUGGCUUGGAGCCUGAGCAGCAGAACCUGGCACUACUGCUCCUCAAAUUCCUCAUCAUCAUCUGCAGGAAUCUCUCUAAUGUGGAGGAAAUUGGCACUUGCUCUUAUAUUAAUCACAUCAUCACCAUGACGACACUCUACGUCCAGCAGCUGAAGAGCAAGACCAAAGAGAAGGAGAUGAUCGAUCAAAGCCAGGCUGAAGAGUUUGUCCGCCAUGCUCUUGCAUUUUGUGAAAGCCUCUAUGACCCAUAUCGCAACUGGAGGCUUCGUAACUUGGGAGAGCAGCUGGGCACAGUGGAAAGAAGCAGACAGAAGUACAAGGCAGCUCCUCUCACUGUCGAGUUUGUUCCCUUCUUCUACCAAUGCUUUCAAGAAAGCGAGCACCUGAAGGAAAGUCUCAAAUGCUGCCUGCUGCACCUGUUUGGGGCCAUCAUUGCUGGUGAUCAGAGGAAUGCAGUGCUCGCCAUCUCUCCUGCCACCAUGGAAGUGUUGAUGCGGGUGCUUGUUGAUUGCUCCAUGGGUAGCUCCUCUACAGAUGAGGGUGAGGACUGGGACAGCGAGGCCCCUGACCGGAAGGCACUACUGACUUUGGGCUGCCUAAGGGAGGUCGUGCAACGUCUACUUGCCUCCAGCUCUGACCAGCGGCAAGUGGAAAUUGCUUCUGUGCUGGAGAAUUACUUCAAGCUGCUCAACUCAGACCCCGCUGCUGUUGUUGCUGCUCGACAGCAGCAACAUCAGCAGCAAGCAAAGGGGCGAGUUCCAACAUUGGGUCGACACUGGGAAAGCCGAUUUGUUGCUCUACAAGUACAAAUGCUCGACACUAUCAGGGACAUGUUCCUGUGUUCAGACAGACCUGUUCUACAAGCAAUCUUCCUCAACAGCAACUGUUUUGAACAUCUCACCCGUCUGCUGCAGAAUAGCAAGCUGGUUAAUGCUAGGUGCACGGCGGCAGACAAGGACCAGAAAGAUAUAACCAACAACAGGUUACUGACAAGAGAGAGGGACACUCAGGUUUUUCAGGGGCGACUUGACUCCCUCGCUGUGGCAACUAUUAAAGCCCUGACAACAGUGAUGCAUAAAUCACCAGCUGCAAAGGAAGUGUUCAAGGAGAGAAUUGGUUACAACCACUUGUACGAGGUGCUCAUCUCUCUCGGCCAGCCGUCCCGUCACCUUCUGAAGGAACUAAUGAACAUGGCUGUUGAGGGUGAACACACCUCGGUGGGUCUACUUGGCAUCAGUAAUGUUGAUCCCCUGCUGCUGCUGGUCCAGUGGCUUCCUGAGCUGGAUUCUUCUGAGUCACAGCUUUUCACUGCCGACUGGCUCCGUCGUCUCAGCUGCCUGAAUUGCCAGACCCGGGCCACCUGUGUUAAUGCUGCCAUGGUCAUGCGAGCCUUGGAUGCCUUGGAUUGCCACCAGAAGCUCCACCGUGCCUGUGCAGAGAGUCUGUUUGGAUUGGUGGGGUCUCUCGGCUCUCAAUCCUUGAGUGCCCGGGAGCUUCUGAGGCUCUUACGCCUCCUCAGGCCACCGGAGUCCAACCAAGCCCAUCCGUACGUGGCUCCAGCUCUGAAGGCGCUACUAGCGAUGGUGCGCAAACAGGGUUUGGAAAGUGCCAUGCAGUACUUUGACUUGUCACCGAGCAUGGCUGGCAUUGCAGUUCCAACCAUUCAGCGUUGGCCAGGUUCUGCAUUCAGCUUCCUGGCCUGGUUCUCCCUGGACCAGGACCAGCUGGGACCAACCAGCAAGGACAAGAGAAAGCAGCUCUACAGCUUUUUUACCUCAAGCGGAAUGGGAUUUGAAGCUUUUAUCAGCUCAGUGGGAGUGUUGGUCGUUGCUGUAUGCACAAAGAAGGAAUACGUCACUGUCAUGCUGCCUGACUACUGCUUCUGUGACUCUCUGUGGCACAGCGUCGGUGUGGUGCAUAUCCCAGGAAAGAGGCCAUUUGGACAAAGUCUGGUCUACAUUUAUGUAGAUGGACAGCAGAAACUGUCUGCACCCCUCAAGUAUCCCACUAUGACCGAGGCAUUUACCUCCUGCUGCAUUGGUUCAGCAGGGCAUCGGACCACCACACCUCCACCUUCCCAGAUUCCAGACCCUCCAUUUUCAUCAGCUACGACACCCACCACCCGUUCCUCACUUAGUGGCAUCCUGUCACCACAAACCUGGGGUGGAUUUCUUGGUGGGAAACCAGAGUCAGUGACAAAGAUCAUUUCAGCUGGCACCCAGGACAGUGAAUGGGGCAGCCCCACCUCCCUGCAGGGCCAACUUGGGACCGUGAUGGUCUUCCACGAACCUUUGCAGCCCAACCACAUAAAGGUCAUCUGUAGUGCUGGUCCAAACUGCAUUUGUCCAUUUAGAACCCAAGAAGCCGAACUUAGUGACCUUCCAUCCAAACUGCUCUUAUACUACUCACCCAAGGCCUGUAGAAACCCCAUCUGUCUGGAUCUGUCUCCCAACACUCUGCAUGGUCGUCUGACCGGCAAUAAAGUUGUUAACUGGGAUAUCAAGGACAUGAUCAACUGUGUGGGCGGCCUGCCCGUCCUCUUCCCAAUACUUGAGCAGUUAGUUCUAGUAGCCCCUGACCCGCAAAGCAGUGAUUCUGUAACUGGGUCUGAUUUCGUCACUCCUGAGGUUACAACACCAGCUGAUGGGGACUGGGUGAUUCUUCCUUCCAACAAGUCUUCAGAGGCUCGUUUGGAGAAGAACCUGGUGGCAACAUUCUUACUGGUGCUGAAGCAUUUUCUGCAGAGACAUCCGAUUAACCAGGAGAAUCUGCUCCAUACACAUGGGGUCGGCACUUUGGGGGCACUGCUGCAAAAGCUCCCUGCUGGUCAUGUAGAUGUCAACGUGCUCAUCGCUGUGCAGCUUUUGAUUGAGCAGGUGACUCAUGAGAAGAAUCAGGCUCUGCUCCAGCAGCUUCACUCACAUUUGCUGUUCAAUUUCAACAUUUGGAACAAAGGAGACUUCCCUUUAAGGAUAGGUCAUAUCCAGUACAUGUCCACUGUGAUCAAAGACAACAGGAAACAGUUUCGGAAAAAAUACGGUGUCCAGUUCCUCCUGGACACUGUACGACUUUACUAUGGCAAAAACAGCAGCAGAGAUUGUGAUCUGAGUGAUGAUGACAUCCGCACUAUCCGGGCAUCUCUGUGCGGCCUCGUCAAGUACUAUAUCAGCAAGGGCAUGUCGCAAGAAGAGAUGCACAGCAUUCUGGGAUACAUGGCUGCCAUCGCAGAUGAGGAUCAGCUUUGUGGACUCUUGGAGUUGCUACUCAGUCUCCUUCAGAGCAGCCCAGCCAGGGACCAGCUCUUCCUGCUGCUCUUUGAGCCCGGGGCGGCCGACUCCUGCUACGCUCUUCUGCUUAACAACAAACACUCGGACAGACUGCGAGAACUUGUCUUCAAGUUAUUCGAGCGAAUGUUGCGCUGCGACCGUGUCUACGAGAAAAACAAGCAACGUUUGCGUCUAAGAGAGGCAGGAUACAGCGGCCUGUCGCUUUUAUUCUCCGAACUUCACAUCACUCCCUCACUCAUCCGUUGUUUACUCAACCAAGUCCUCCACACAGACACAGUAGUCAGCUACAAAGAUCUGAUGGCACUGGUUCAGCUCACACAUCGGGCCGGACCAAGUGUGCGAUUGAUUGUCUGCAAGAGGGUUUACCAGCUGCUGCAGUCGCAUCAUGAAGCUGCAGUCCAGAUUGCCAAGCAGCAGUGUUGGCAAGACACACUAAUGCGACUGUACUUGCGAAGCGAAGGUUCAUUGCGGAACUCGGACACAAUUAGCACAUGUAGCCUGGAUUUGAGCCGGUCCAGCUUUAGUAACACUAACCGCCUAGACCUUCCACUGGAGCGGAGGACGAGGGCAGGCAGCGCUUGCCGUCUGGAGGACGACCGUCUCAGCAUUGGCGACACACGCUCUGUGGACAGUAUGGAGAACGGUGAUGUCAUCUCCUUGCUGGACACACCGUCAUCGUCUGCCUCUGCAGAGCCACAGCUACACAGCAAGCCCUGGGUGAUUGGGAAAUCCGGAGGCCUGACCCUUGAUCUUUCCCACCUGCAAGCCUAUGAGGGGGUGGAAAGUGGCAGUCAGACUCCUGGGAGCAACCCCAGCACUCCUUCGCCAAUUGAGAAUUCCAAGCCUUUUCCUGGAAGCAGUGAUCGAGAAGGACCCUCCUUCCUAAAUGAAGACAGUUUUCUUUUCGGUGACAGCAUCUCUCUUGGGGAGUCCUUCAAUAAUGCUGAGCGGGCAGAAGAAGAACUGUGCAAUAUGCUGCUGGAGAUCGUCCUGGGUGUUAUGUGGCGUGGAGUGGAGGGCUCCGACGACUCAGCGUGGAUGGAGCGUGGUCAAGUCUUCUCGGCUCUCACUAAACUGGGAACAGCCAAUGAGCUGCUCCUUCCUGUUGACCAAAUCAAGCUAAGUCUUAUGGAACGUAUGCUGGAGUGGGCUGUCAGCGACAACCGUGAAGCUUCUGCAGCCACGUUGCCCCAACACACAGAGAACGCUGUGCGUUUGCUUCACAUGGUGCAAGACUUCCUACAAGCCGAGGGCCUGGUCAAUCCUGCGCUGUGGACGGAGAAGGUGCUGGAUGAGACGGUUACAUUAAUGGACAGCCUCAUGGUGUGGUACUCCUCAGGCACUCAAUGGUUUCAGCUUUCUCAAGUGGGGUUGAGACUCCUGCUGGGAUUCAUGGCUCAGGAAGAUGCGGAGGUGUGUGCAAUGGCUACUGCCAAACUCAAUGGUAUCCUGCAGACAAAGGAAGUGUCCAGCCAGGACGAAGCCUGCUACCUGCUGGGAAAGGUGGAGGUAAUCCUACGGCGUUCCAUCCAAGAACGAACCGAGGAAAUGUACUCGUUCCUGGUUCCCCUGUUGCGAACUCUGCUCUCCAAAGUUCACCGGCUCCUCUACAUGGAGCUUCACCUCCCUAAGCUUCCGGACACCAACGGCAGUCCUUCUUUUUUUGAGGACUUCCAGAUCUACUGCAACUCCCCAGAGUGGCGUGUCUACCUCGACAAAUAUAUCAUUCCGUACAUGAAGCAGUAUGAAAUUGAGACUUUCAGUCAGGGUCAUGAGACCAUGGCUCUCUACUGGAAGGACUGCUAUGAGGCUUUCAUGAUCAACCUGCAUAAAAGAGAGAGGGAAAGAGGCGAGAGCAAGAUUCGUUUCCAGGAGCAGUUUGUUGAGGCCUUCUCCCGUCGCGGGCGUCAGGAGAAUCUGCGCUACAAUAGCAUGUUGAAGCAGCAGCAUAGCCAAAACAGCACCACCCUGAGGCAAUGGAAGUCAGCUCGACGGGGUCUUGUGUGUGAGAGAGGACCUUGGGCUGAGAGGCUGGAGGAGGAGCUACAUUGGCGGUUGUCCAGUGCAGAGAACUUUUCACGCAUGAGACUGAAACUAAUCCGGAAUUACAAUUUUGACUCUCACAAAGAAGCCAGUGCCCUGAGAGACAAUCUGGGUGUUAAUCAACAAAGGGUGAAUGAAGCUGAGUCUCUGCUGCUGGAAGCUGUGAAGCAGGUCAAAGUUAGUGACCUAGAAGAUGACAUUCUGGAGCUGCCGGAUGAUGACCCUGCAGCUGCAAAUAACCAGGCUGAGGCCGAGGAGGCCGGGCAGAAGGAAAAACUUGUGCUGUGGGAAGACUGCGAGCUGGUCACUGUGGUGGAUGUGGUGCCAGGCCGCCUGGAACUCACCACUCAACACAUUUACUUCUAUGACAGCAGCCAGGAGAAAGAAGAAGGUGUUGGACAUGACUUUAAGUGGCCACUGUCUCAAAUCCGUGAGGUCCAUUUAAGAAGGUAUAACCUGCGGCGUUCGGCCUUGGAGAUCUUCCUCAUUGACCAAACCAACUACUUCCUGAACUUCAAAAAGGAGGUGCGAAACAAGGUCUACAGUCGCAUGCUGCUGCUGCGGUCCCUCAGCCUGUACGGAACCCGUUCACCUCAAGAGCUGCUGAAGGCCUCUGGGCUCACACAGAAAUGGGUGAAUCGUGAGCUUUCCAACUUCGACUAUCUGAUGCAGCUAAACACUAUUGCGGGCAGAACCUACAACAACUUAGCCCAGUACCCGGUGUUUCCCUGGAUUCUCUCAGACUACACUUCAGAAGAGUUGGACUUGUCGGAUCCGGGUGUGUUCAGGGACCUGUCCAAGCCAGUGGCUGUGCUGAACAGCCGUAAUGCCAAGGCUGUGCGAGAGAAGUAUGAAAGCUUUGAGGACCCAACUGGCACCAUCGACAGGUUUCAUUAUGGGACCCACUACUCAAACGCUGCAGGGGUGAUGCACUACCUGAUCAGAGUAGAGCCGUUUACUUCCCUGCACAUUCAGCUGCAGAGUGGACGGUUUGACUGCGCGGACCGACAGUUCCAUUCCAUCCCUGCAACAUGGCAGACCCUCAUGGACAACCCAAACGAUGUCAAAGAGCUGAUUCCAGAAUUCUUCUACUUCCCUGAAUUCCUUGAGAAUCAAAAUGGAUUUGAUUUGGGUCGACUUCAGAUCUCCAAAGAAAAAGUUGGUGAUGUCAUUCUGCCAAAAUGGGCCAAAUCCCCCGAGGACUUUAUCUAUAAGCAUCGCAAAGCUCUGGAGUCGGAGUAUGUAUCAGCUCACCUUCAUGAAUGGAUCGAUCUCAUAUUUGGUUACAAGCAGAGAGGUCCUGCUGCAGUUGAGGCCCUUAACGUCUUCUACUAUUGCACAUACGAGGGGGCCGUUGAUCUGGACGCUAUUACUGAUGAAAAAGAACGUAAAGCCUUGGAGGGAAUGAUCAGCAACUUUGGACAGACACCGUGCCAGUUGCUCAAGGAGCCCCAUCCAGUCCGUCUGUCGCAAGAAGAAGUGGAGAAGCGAAAGGCCCAGUUGGACUCGUCUCCUCUCAGCAUGUUUGAGCACCUUAGUAACCUCAAGUCUUUCUUUGUUGAGGGCAUCAGUGACAAAGUCCCACUGGUGAAGGCUGUUGUGCCAAAGAAUCAGUCGCACUCCUUCAUUACCCAGGGAAGCCCAGACUCCAUGGUGACAGUGAGUCAGAACUGUCUUGUUGGGACUCAUGGCUGGCUGCCUUACAACAAGAACAUCUCCAACUACUUCACGUUCAUUAAGGAUCCCACUGUGUCUACCAGCAAGACUCAGCGAUAUCUGUCUGGGCCCUUUGCCCCUGGUGUUGAAGUGACAGCUGGGCUUUUUGUUGUCUCUCAUGAUGGAAAGUUGCUCUUUAGUGGCGGUCAUUGGGACAACAGCCUUAGGGUCACCUCACUGGUCAAAGGCAAAACUGUUGGGCAUCACAUUCGACACAUGGAUGUUGUCACCUGCCUGUCGACUGACCACUGUGGCAUCCACCUCAUCUCUGGAUCCAGAGACACCACAUGCAUGGUGUGGCAAGUUCUGCAGCAGGGUGGAGCUCCGGUGGGUCUAUAUCCAAAACCAGUUCAGGUGUUAUAUGGACACACAGACGAGGUUCUGAGCGUUAGCAUCAGCACGGAGCUGGACAUGGCAGUGUCUGGAUCACGGGAUGGGACUGUGAUCAUCCACACGGUGCGUCGAGGUCAGUACAUGCGUUGUUUGCGGCCGCCUUGUGAAAGCUCGCUGCCUCUGUCCAUCCCUCACCUGGCUGUGUCAUGGGAGGGUCACCUGCUGGUCCAUACCUGCUUGGAGGGCAAGGCAACUCUCAAGGAUAAAAACGCCCUUCAUCUCUAUUCUGUGAAUGGGAAACAUCUCUGCAGUGAACCGCUGAAGGAGCAGAUGACCGACAUGUGUGUGUCAGGAGAGUUUGUCGUCAUAGGCAGCGAGCAGGGUUACCUGUCGAUUCGUGACCUCUACAGUCUAUCUCUCUGUACUGAGCCGAUGGCGAUGCGAGUGCCGGUCCGCUGUGUCUCAGUCACGAAGGAGCAGAGCCAUGUUCUGGUCGGCCUGGAGGACGGCAAGCUGAUCAUCGUGGGUGUGGGCAAGCCAGCGGAGAUCACACGGAAGCUGUGGGGUUCCAGCAAGAGACUGACCCAGAUCUCCUCGGGGGAGACGGUGUACAACACCCAGCACGAUCACAACUGACUCCUUCCCCAGCUCCCCCACACCACCCCCUCACCCUCUCCAUCACCACCUGACAUUCCUGUCCAUCCUUGUUGCUCUCUGGAUUAGUUGGGUUGCAUUUAACUAACCCAGAGUCCAUCGUCACUCAUCUGUUUGGGUGGAACACACAGUGCUGGCGCUGUGGUUCACACCGUUAAGGAACAUAGCUGCUGCUUCCAUGUCUGUCACUACACUACUUUUCUCAUCCAGUGUCUGUUGGUAGAGUGUUACCUUGUUUAUCUUCAUCGUUGCCUUUGUUCUUCAUUUUAUUUGCCUUUUACGGACACAGGCCGGUGCUCUGUAGGCCGAGGUGUUUUUCAUUUGCCAAGCAGCAGCCUUAUGCCGAAACUUUGCUCUACGCCUCUCAUGCUUUUACAUCUUCUGUGCUAAUCUCUGUGGUUUUAUUUGUUUUCUUAAAACUGUUUCUGUGCCCCGAAACUGUGGCAUUUUUCUGUGUUCUUUUUUAAAUAUUUGUGUUUAUACUCAUCACGCAUUAUGUGUUUUUGUUUGUUUAGAAGCAAUCGAAAUGAACCGGACGUUAUUGAACACAGCAAGCUUCCACGUAAAGUUUUAUGAUUGCAGUACCAGAGGAACAUGAGCGAAUGUUUGAAGUUACUUGAAUCCAUGUUAAUUUAUAAGUAGCAGUUAAAAUGGCACUGUUGUUUCGUGAAUCUUGGCGCCGUGAUACUCUCUUGACUGUUCAGAUGAUCUGCAAAAGACGGAACUACUCUCAAGGGCUCGAUAAGAUGUCAGUGCUCCAAGCAAUAUUGUUGGUUAUUGGAUAAACUGUUCACUUUGCUUUGCCAGUCGUUGUUUUCCUGUGUCGUCCAUGGGAAAUGAAAUAGUAGCUUUUAUGUCUUCCCUUCUAAUCUGGCAGUGUCAUGUCAGACUUUUCACAUCUCGUUCCUCCUCCUUCUGCCUCUCUGUGGGGUUUAUGCUCAUGAUGGAUGAUCCACUGUGGAUUUCUCAUAGCUGAACAUUGCCUGAAGUAGAUUGGUGGUGGCUGUUCCAAAUACUGAGAUUCUGCUUCAUCGUUUUGUCUGUAUAUUUAUUCCUUGUUUCGCUCCACGGUUUCAACUGAUUGUUCGGGAGGACUUGAUUGUGUUUGAAGCCAAAUUUAAUGUGUCUGAUCACACAGGUCCAAAUUCGGCAUUGGACAAAAAUAUGUUUGGUUUUUUUUUUUUAUAUGGUUUUAAGUGUAACAGAGAUGUGGAGAGCCUAUCUCCUAAGUUAUUGUGUUGUUUUUCUCAUUUGCUCAGUCAAAGACAAAGUUUGCUUUCGCAACAGAUGGAGUGCCUUUAUCCCUCUGCAGAGUCAUGUACGUGUUGUUAACUGAGCUCGACUUCACUGACAAAUCAAAGGAAAACUGCAUUCCAAGACUUCCACUGCGGGGAGCCCAGAAUCUUUAGAUCUAAAUCAGAAGUACUAUUUAUAUACUUCCUCUCUUGUGUCUUAGCUGCAUUCUCUGUGACUGUCACCAAAUGGAUAUGUGUAUAUCUGUGAUUAUUUAUGACGACGAUAUAUAUGAAUAUAGUGUACAGCAUGAUUUUUAUUUGAAAUGUACUUUUGCACUUUCCAGGUACUAAAUAGUUUUAACUCUGCUCUCACUAAUGUGUACAAGCUGCAUUUGUAUACACCAGUGAAAACUGAUCAUUAAAGUCUCAACAUGA